GUACAGAGGCGAAGGUGAAACGUCUCGUCUCUCUCUCUGCAAUGGACUCUGCGGCAUUGUUCUUCACCGGCGCUCUGAUCGCCGGCGGUCUCUACUGGUUCCUGUGCCUGCUGGGUCCGGCGGAUCAAAAGGGGAAAUCCGCCGUUGAGCUCUCCGGCGGCUCCAUCUCCGCCGAGAAGGUCCGAGACAACUACAACAACUACUGGUCCUUCUUCCGCCGACCAAAGGAGAUCAAGACCACCGAAAAGGUCCCCGACUUCGUCGACACGUUCUACAACCUCGUCACCGACAUCUACGAGUGGGGUUGGGGACAGUCUUUCCACUUCUCUCCCCCCAUCCCCGGAAAAUCCCACCGUGAGGCCACGCGUCUCCACGAGGAGAAGACUGUAGGUCUGAUCGAUGCCAAGCCCGGCCACAAGAUCCUCGACGUGGGUUGCGGCGUUGGAGGCCCGAUGCGCGCCAUCGCGGCUCAUUCCCGUGCUAAGGUUGUCGGAAUCACGAUCAACGAGUACCAGGUGAAGAGGGCGCGCCUUCACAACAGGAAGGCGGGUCUCGACAGCCUCUGCGAGGUUUUCUGCGGGAACUUCCUCCAGAUGCCGUUUCCCGACAACAGCUUCGACGGCGCGUACUCCAUCGAGGCCACUUGCCACGCGCCCAAGCUCGAGGAGGUCUACGCCGAGAUCUUCAGGGUGUUGAAGCCAGGUUCGAUGUACGUGUCGUUCGAGUGGGUGACGACGGACAAGUUCGUGUCGGAGAUUCCGGAGCACGUGGAGAUCAUACAAGGGAUCGAGAGGGGCGAUGCCUUGCCUGGUCUGAGGAGCUUCUCCGACAUCGCCGCGACGGCGAGGAAAGUGGGUUUCGAGGUCGUGAAGGAGAAGGAUUUGGCGGCGCCGCCGGAGAACCCGUGGUGGACAAGGCUGAAGAUGGGUCGGAUCGCGUACUGGAGAAACCACAUUGUCGUGAAGAUCCUCUCCGCCAUUGGAGUAGCUCCGAAAGGAACCGACGAUGUUCACAAGAUGCUCGUGGAAACCGUUAAUUAUUUGAUCAGAGGAGGUGAAACGGGAAUCUUCACGCCGAUGCAUAUGAUUCUCUGCAGAAAACCGGCGACUCCCCCAUCACCGCCGACUAGUUCCUGAAAAAGGUAAAACAUCGCCGCCGCUAGAUUCUUCUUAUGUUUCGCUCCCUUAUCUUUUCAUAAUUUUCGUUUUUGCCCCUCAAGUUUUUUUCUUUUCUUUUUUGGUUGUUUUGGAAAUAAAUAACGGUGAUCAGUGUAACCCUUUUUUAAUGUAAUCUAAUUUUCGUUAAUGAUGCGCCUUUGCUGUUAA